AUGAAGGAUCCUGUAGCAGGGGAAAACGCCUGCGCGAUCAUCAUCACCGUGAUGCGGAAGCCCCUUCCGCCAUUCCCUGAUCAAGUUUACAGUUGCUCCCCAAGCAAAGGCACAGACCUGGUUGUCUCGACAGCCAAGUGUGCGGUGAAGAUGAAGUGCCCCACGAACCUCGCUCUUCAGCCUUCGGACGACGCCACAGCGUACGACGACAAGAACGGCGGGGCUGAGCGCUUGGUUUCCCGCACCGCGUCUCAAUAG